AUGGCAACUGACAAUGCUGUGGUCAAGUUCAACGGGCUUAACUAUGCAGAUUGGUCUGAACAGAUCCAGUUUUAUCUGGGUGUUUAUGAUUUGGAUCUUGCAUUAUUGGUUAGUGAAAAGCCUGUCAUAAUAGAUACCAGCUCAGAAAAUGAAAGGACUUAUUUUGAGUCCCGAGAGCAGUCUAAUAGGUUAUGUUUCAACCUUAUGAGGAUGAUCAUGGCGGAAAGUGUUAAGCCAUCAAUGCCUAAGACUGAAAGUGCAAGGGAAUUUAUGGAUAAGAUUAAAGAGUAUUCACAAUCGGAUUUGGCUGACAAGUCAAUUGUAGGUAGUCUCAUGAGUGAGCUGACUACGAAAAAGUUUGACUGGUCUCAGUCUAUCCAUGAUCAUGUGACUCACAUGUCUAACAUGGCAGCAAAGUUGAAGACUAUGGGGAUGGAUGUUAGUGAAACAUUUUUUAUCCAAUUCAUCAUUAACUCUCUGCAUGUUGAGUUUGGUCAGUUCCAGGUGAAUUACAACACCAUUAAAGAAAAAUGGAACUUUCAGGAAUUAAAAGCCAUGCUGAUACAGGAAGAAGGGAGAUUAAAGAAGAUGAAAGGACACUCAGUCCACCUCGCAGUCCAUGAUAGUGCCGGUAGCAGUAAGAGAAAGCCAGGGAAAAAAUGA